AUGAGUGUUGCCCUACUCGUUGGCCGCAUAGCCUACGUCAAUCGCGCAGGAAGCAUCCCAAAUGUUGACCCAGCAGCUCCAUUCGCCUUUUCUGCACUCAAACCCGGAACGACGGAGUCAGAGUACCUCAAUGGAGCACUAGAUGAAAUCAAGCAGUCCAUCGACCUGACCACCUUGACAAGUAACUCUCCUCCUCAUUUGGCGCACCAGUAUCUCAGAGUGUUCAUCGCACGACUUUCAGGGCAGAAUCUGCCUUCUGCCGAGGUCCUCGAAGUCACCAAAGACCUGCUCAGCAACCUCAUGAGCGGCGCGAUCACUCCCUUGCACCAUAUCUUCGCCGCUCUAGUCGCUACAUCCCUCACUGAACUCAACGACCGAGGCGAACUGAAAGCAGAAGCAAGCACAACCAUCAAAGAAAUGAGCGACGCCCUAUCAAACGGCCAAAUCAUCCACCGCAGCUCCGACGGUCUAGGCUGGGAAACUGCAAUCGGCGACCUACUCCACAAGAAGAAGUCUUCCACACCUCCCUACACCGGUCCCGAACAAGCCAGCCCCGCGCUCGAACCCAACAUGGCCGGCCUGCAACAUCUCGCUGCAGCUGCAGUGGGAGAACGGGAAGGAACGGGCGAUAAUAAUCGUCCUGGUAGUUCUUCGCAGCAGAAGGUUGAUAAUGAUCUUUCGGCUGCUAUGGCGGCGGCGAAUGAGGCUGCGAAGGCGCAGGCGACGGCUGUUGCGGCUCAGGAUCUUUUUCACUAG